CCGACCGAAAGUUCGGUUUCGGUUUCGGUUUCGGCCGAGUUUCGGCCAAAAAUCAAGUUUCGGCCACAGUUUCGGUUUCGGCCAAAAUCGGCCGAAACUUUUGCCGAAACCGAAACUUAACAAGUUCAAGCACUUCACGAUCGCCUAACUUUGUUUUCCGCGGCAACGCUUUGACGGACGCUGUCGGCCCUUUUCGGGAAUUAUCGUGCGCCGUUCGGAUAGUUCUGUAGCAACUAGCAACAAAACUUAGUCAGCUGUGUUAGUCAGUGCGUGUGCGCCCGUCGCAAAUAUUCUUUAGAGGUUAUGUUUUAGAUGGAACUGAUUACAUAGUAAAAUGUCACAAAGAGAAAAAAAUCCGAUUUGGCAGUACUUUGACAAAAGUAUCAGUGAUACAUCAAAAGCUGUUUGCAAGAUAUGUAGCAAGUCCUAUUCGUUAGGAAGCCACGAACCAAAAAAACAAACAUUACACGGACUGAAGCUGCAUUUAUCAAAAUUUCAUGACCAGGAGUACAGGCAAGUACAAAAACGUUCAUCAGAAUUAAACGAUUUCAAAAGUGAAGCAAAAUUGAAGCGUACAGACUUGAGCGUAUCAUUGAAACAAUCAAGCUCAGAUCAGUCGACUCUUGUUCAGACAACCAUCCCAAAUUUGACUUCUAAACCUAAAGUGGUACUGUGGCCUGAUGAUCAUGAAAUUACAAAAAGGAUUGAUAAAACUAUAAUGGAUUUGAUAAUCGUGGACAUGCUGCCUUAUACUUUGGUGGAAGGUGAAGCAUUCCGCCGACUUAAUUUAUCUGAUCCUCAAGGAGUUCGCAAAUAUCGGUUGAAAUCUGAAAAAUAUUUUAGAACGUCACUAAUGCCCAAAACAUACGAAAGAAUUAGAUCAAAAGUACAGGAUUUAAUGGCACAGAGUAAGUGGGUGAGUGCUACUACAGACAUUUGGACCAACGCAUGUAAAACAUGUUCACUUCUCAGCUUCACAGCUCAUUUCAUCAUAAAUGAUAAACGUCUUAAAGUGAUUUUAGGUGCAUGUGUGCUAGAACAAGACCAUACCAGUCAGUAUAUCGAACAAAAUUUUACAAAUAUGGUAAACGAAUGGGGUUUGCAAGGCAAGAUUUUUCUAGUCCUACGUGACAAUGCCGCUAAUAUGGUUCGCGCGAUGCGUGAUCAAUAUGAAUCUAUAGGAUGUGUCGCACAUACGCUCCAGCUUGUCAUAAAACAAGCGCUAUUUUCAGAAGACGAAAUAAAAGACCUCCUAAAGAAAUGUAGAAAAAUCGUCGGCCAUUUCCAUCACAGUGAGCCAGCGACCAGGAAAUUGACGGAAUGUCAAAAACAAUGCGGAUUGCCAGAGCAUGCCUUGGUGCAAGACAUUGAUGUGAGGUGGAACAGCACGUAUUUGAUGCUGCAAAGACUUAUGGACCAAAAAAAUGCAGUAAACUUAUACUGUGUUGAACAUGGUAAGAUUGAUUCUCUUCAAUCCACUGAAUGGGCUAUUGUAAAGAACCUCACAUCCAUAUUGACAUUUUUUUAUGAAGCCACCCUUGAGUUAUCAUUUGAUAAUGCAUGCAUUUCAAUUGUCAUACCUUUGAUAUCGUUAUUAAACCGGAAAUUGCAAGUUCGCUGUGAAAAUGACAAUGAAAUGAUAACCAACAUGAAAAAUUCACUAUACGAGUCCAUGAACACCAGAUUUUCAUCAUUGAAAAAACUCCCUUCGUUGAUGGUGGCUACAUUAUUGGACCCAAGGUUCAAGUCUAAAUACCUCAAUUCCAAUGAAGUAGACAUUGCUGUAACAGAGCUAAUAUCUUUCUUGACUGAGUCUGAAGUCAGCAUGCAAUCAUCCCGCAGCACUGAUAAUGAUAACGCCAAUGUUUCUUUUGCUUCAACUACAUGCGUCUCGCAAGCUCACCACAUACAGCAAGAAAAAGAGAGUCUUUGGGAUGUGCACGAUAAUACGACUAGUCAAACAGAGACCACAGAAUCUGGAGAAGACACUAAACACUUUCUGAAAGAAAAGAUUCAGUCUUACUUGUCGGAGCCAUUAUUACAACGCAAUGCAGACAUAUACAGUUAUUGGAACAGCACUCCAUAUCCAACAUUGAGAAGCGCUGUUUUAAAAUAUCUUUCAGCUCCACCUACCAGUGUCCCGAGUGAGCAACUGUUCAGUGCUGCUGGCCAAAUAUACUCGGAUCGUCGCAAUAAUUUGCGUGGCGAAAAUGUAGACAAACUGCUUUUCUUGGCGUACAAUAUAAGACUUUUCAAUUAUGAAUAUUAAUAAUAUAUAAGAUAUAUAUAUUAUAUAUUUAGGGUUACUUUUUUUUUUUUGGUCUAUAUAUUAUAUAGAAGUUUUUUUUAUUUGAUUUUAUAACUGUUUUCUAUUUAAAUGUUUAAACUUCAGUUUAAUAGUGAGUUACUUAGUUCGAAAUGUAAGUACAACUGUCCUACUAAUUGUGAUCUGGGUAUCUUUUUUAAUUCUAAAUAUGUGAUUUUUGAUUAUCUAUGUUGAGACUGGAACUAGGCGAGAUAGUAAUUAUUAUUUUUAUAUAAGAGGUACCUAAAAGAGAUUGAUUAUUCUACUAAGUACAAAUACAAUCCAAAGUAUUAAAGGGAAAGAUCUCAAAAUACCAAUACUUAGUAUUUAAUGAAACAGUAACAAUUAUUGAUUUGAUUUAGUUAGAUGACUGAUUUGACAGAGAACUUAAUUUGAAAAAUUAUUAAAAAUGUUAUUAAUAUGUUUUUAUUUUAUAUUCAAUAAAUGAUUACAACAAUCUUAAUAAUA